AUGUGUCAGUACUCCUCGGAGGACGGCUUCGCAAACGACUGGCAUUUAGUAAACGUGGGCUCAUUUGCGAGGGGAGGCGCCGCACUCGUGGUCAUGGAGGCCGCCGGAGUGGAGGCCAGGGGUCGCAUAACACCCAACUGUUUGGGCAUAUGGAAGGACCAACACGUGGACGGGUUGUCCAGAAUCGUGACAUUCAUGAAAAGUCAGGGCGCAGUCCCCGGCAUACAGUUAGCGCACGCCGGCAGGAAAGGUAGUACUCAUCCGCCAUUCGUGGGCCGCAGUUCUAUACCAGAGUCAGAGGGCGGGUGGCAGACAAUCGCCCCGUCGGCCAUACCUUUCGACGACAAAUACAUCGCAAAAGUGCCCAAAGAGGCCACCGUUGAAGACAUCAAACAGAUUAACAGUGCCUUUGUUUCGGCCGCUCUUCGGGCACUCAAAGCAGGCUUUCAGGUAAUAGAGUUGCAUUUCGCGCACGGAUAUCUCAUCAGUACAUUCCUGUCGCCCGUCACUAACAAGAGGUCCGAUGAAUACGGAGGAAGUCUUGAGAACAGAAUGCGUUUCGGUCUCGAAAUCACCGAAAGUGUGAGAAAGGCUUUGCCCGAAGACAUUGUUUUGGGGGUUAAGGUGUCGGUCAGUGAUUACGCCGACAACGGAUGGGAUGUCAAACAGAGCGUCGAGUUUGCCAAACGCUUGAAGGCGUUGGGUGUCGACUACAUUACCUCCAGUUCCGGUGGUGUUGUCUCUGGUGUUGAUUACAAGAUUUCGCCUGAGAUUCAAUUGAAUGGUUCGGAACAGUUUGUCAAAGAGGUUGGGAUAACCGCCGGUGCGGUCGGCAAUAUCACUAAUCCUCAGAUGGCAGAGAGUAUUUUGCAGCAAAACAAGGCAUCCCUUAUAUUCAUCGCCCGGGCCUUCCUAAAUGAGCCGCACUGGCCAUAUAGGGCGGCUGAUGCUCUGGCCGAUGGACAGGCGUUUCAAUACCCAAAGCAGUAUAACUGGUGUAUUGGUGGUGAGAAAUGGAGAAAAGAUGUGUUUGCUAAACAGAAUCCAUGA